AUUUGAGCAUGAGAAGGUUGUGUUCGGUUCUAGUGAGCUUGGUGCUAGUAUGCUUUGUGGAUCUUACUGACUCAGGUCCAGCAGACGGCUGUAACCAGACGGACUUUGAGACGUUAUGGGCGAAAACACACGGAACAGUAAAGUGGGCUAUCAAAGAUAGGGCCGGUGUUCCAGGGGUUGUAAAAUGUACCAAGGGGUACAUUUUCAAUGGCACAGAAGAUUUGGUUUAUUGUCCUCCUGGUUCCGAAACGUAUGCGCUAGCUGACCCAAAAGGAGCCUGUAUUGAUGAUCCUUUCAUUGACACGAAAGUGGUACCCUUCCAAGGACUUACCUACAACUUCACUCAUAUACAAGUGGGGAGUAAGACGGUAAAUUUCCCUGUGUUAUACCCCAAUACUUCCUACAUCAUAACUACCCAGUACACAGCGAGCAAGACGACCCCUACAAUUAGAGUACGAGUAGGACUGGUUGGUAAAUCCCACAAACCUGUCCUGGUCAACAUUCAGCAGAGCACGGAGAGUGUAGGAUUUGAACUACCGAUGAAAGUUGUCGGCAAGGGAUCCAAGGAGCUAGCGGUGAAUUAUUCCACAACUCUCCGCGAAAUGUGCGUCACGAAGAACCUGACUAAGGAAGGGCAUGAAGAGAGAGUCAUUGUUACUCUGGUCUCACAAGAGCCUAAAAUUCACAUCCACAACGAGAACUUCUCCGAUCCUGAGAUCCAAAUCAGCUUCCACGUGGCACAAGACGUUGAGCGACCACUGGAUGAGCUUCACAAAUCUAAAGCUAAACCCAAUGAAGAUCAGUGGUUUUUCUUCAACUGGGAGAACGUCUCCCCAUCCGUCCACUUCUUGGUAGUCAACAUAACAUCAGAAACUGAACAAUGUGCCACUGUUAAAAUUCGUAACUCCAGCUGCUCACAAUUCAAGGAGAACAUCCAAGAACUAGACCACGGUAGAUACCUGACAAUGACUAAACGAGCAGCAGUGAUAGUCCCUCGUGAACAAUAUCCAGAGAUUUUUUACCUCUCUGUACUAGCAGAAACAGACGACACCCCCUGUGGGCUUCCGGGUAAUGAAACAGGGAGACACCGGAUCAAACAGUUUGAGUUCAACAUACACAAGCAUCACGAGUCUCCUGGCUUCCUGUUCCUGCCCCUGCUUGUCAUACCAAUAUGUUCUGUGUUGUUCAUACUAGGCUCCAUUUAUAUCAAGUAUAAUGACCAACACAGGACUACCUCAACCUCCGAUAGAAACCGAACGGACACUCUAGAAUCUAUGGGCUCAGCUUCACCAGCCGAGAUCAACACAGAAAACGGACACCACGACUCAGAAGAGCUGAUGCAAUCAAGUGACUUCGACAUCCCCCACACCCGUGUAGAUUUCAUACCCAUCAUACUAACCCUCAUUGUCCUGCCUGUGUUUCUGGAUAUCUUAUCUACCCGGCUGGAGCAGUACAACAAGUUUGGUCAGUUGGACACGUGCACGUUUAACAUUGAGUGUAGUUUCCCUGUGGGUCCGUUCCCUGAUAUCGGGAGAGCUGCCACCUGCUCCGCCUAUUUCUUCAUGGGAGUGACCCUACUGCUACUUCUCUUCACCCACCACCGGAAACAUCUCAUGAAGAACAACCCUGAUUUAAUCACAGGUAUCAGGCACGACUACGAUAUCUUCCAAGCGAUCGCUUACAGUCUUAUCUCUCAGGGCAUCAUCGGGUUCAUCUACCACAUCUGUCCGAACGAGAAUGUAGAGUCCCUCGCGGACAUGUUUGUCCUGAUCGCCAUUGCAUAUUCCUGCCAGAAGAUCCACCAGAACCGCCACCCUGAUGUCCGGCACAAGAUCUUCCAUCCCCUGUACGUGACUGUGUUCUGUAUUGGACUACACGGUGUCCUCAAUAUGUUCGUCCACCGAGAGACCAUGGCUACUUGGAUCACAUUUGGAAGUCUGUAUCUGCUUCAUAUCAUAGUGAUCCCCCUGCAGUUUGUACUGCUGGACUGUCUGGAGAUUGGUUUUCACCCCCUCCUCAUCUACAACCGCCUCCCUCUCUUUAGCGUGAAGUACAACAAGGUGUGUUCUACUCAGAAGUUAAUGGGAGUGGUAGGGAUCCUCCUAAACCUGCUGGUCCUCAUCCUCUCCGUCGUCCUCCAGCCUCCUAACUUCUCAAUCUGUCUCCUCUCAGCCUUCUCUGUUAACCUCCUCCUCUACCUGAUUUACUACGUUCUAAUGAAGACCGUCCACUACAAGGAAAAGAUAACACAUUUGCAUGUAGUGCUGUUAACCGGGGUUGUGUUAACCUGGGUUAUUGCUCUUUACUACCUCGUGUGCCACACUAGUAUUGCACCGGGCAUUGCGCCUGCGCUCUCGCGGGAAAGUGCUAAACCGUGUGUUGUUUUGGAGAUGUUCGACGGUCACGACGCGUGGCAUUUCUUCAGCGCCGCCGCUUUGGUCCUCACCAACUUUCUGGUGAUGAUCGUGGAUGAUUGUCAGGCAAACACUCAGACCAGUCAUAUGCAUGUUUUCUAGAUUGUUCUGGAAAUUUGGACUGAUUUUAAAUGGUAGGUGGUCGUGACAGAAUUUAUAUUUUAAUGAAAGCUUUUUUGAUUAAACUAAUUAUUCAGUGCAGCUGCAUAGGAGUUGGUCUUGUUCCUGAUAGUUUUCCGUCGCUAUCAAAUAUAUGGAACUGGUCGUGCAUGAAUUAUUAUUUUUAUCAGAGUGUUAUGUAAUUUUUUGAUCAAAUUGUUCGUACCAAAUUUAUCGUUUAUUCAUGAUUUUAAAAAUAUUUUGUGUUUGUUUUUAAGAGACAAUUUGUGUUAUAUUUGGUAUUAUUUGCUGUCUUAAUCGGAUGGUCGAAUCUAUGUUUUCAGAUAAAUUAUUAAUUGUAAUUUAACUCUGUUUUACGUUUUGUUACAACUUUUAUUUGACAAUAAAUU